AGCACCGAGCUAGGAAGUACACGGUAGUUUCUGUACUAGGGCUGAAGUAGAGUCACAUGUGAGUGAUAUUCUACCAAACAUUUCACUAAUAUCCUCUCGGCUUUUGUUGAGAUUUGCCUUCCUGCAAUGGAAAAUAAACGCUCCGACACGUUCUUAAUAACCGGGGGAUGUGGCUAUUUCGGCUACCGCCUGGCUACCUCCCUACAUCAAAAAGGAGCCAAGAUCAUUCUGUUCGACAUCGUCCCUCCAAGCCGACACGUGCCAGAAGACAUUGUGUUUGUGCAGGGGGAUAUACGUGAAUAUGCCCAGGUUGAGAAGGCCGUCGCUGGUGUGGACUGUGUAUUCCACAUCGCCUCCUAUGGCAUGUCGGGUAGGGAGCAGCUGAACCGGCAUCUGAUAGAGGCGGUUAAUGUUCAAGGCACACAGAACGUCCUGAAGGCUUGUGCUGAGCUCGGAGUGUCCAGGCUGGUUUACACCAGCACCUUCAACGUGGUGUUUGGAGGCCAAGUGAUAGAGAACGGGGAUGAAAGCCUCCCUUAUCUACCUCUCCAUCUUCACCCAGACCACUACUCCAGAACCAAGUCUCUGGCUGAGAUGGCUGUGCUGAAAGCUAACGGCACAGCUCUGGAGGACGGCUCUGGGAGGCUGAGGACCUGCGCCCUGCGUCCUGCAGGUAUCUAUGGACCUGGAGAACAGAGGCACCUGCCCCGGAUAGUCGGCUACUUAGAGAAGGGGAUCUUCAGGUUUGUUUAUGGUAAACCCUGCAACCUGGUGGAGUUUGUCCAUGUGGACAACCUGGUGUCUGCACAUGAGCUGGCUGCAGAAGCUCUGACCCAGGAGAAGCAGCACCGCUCUGCUGGCCAGGCCUACUUCAUCUCAGACGGCAGGCCGGUCAACAAUUUUGAAUUCUUCCGACCUCUAGUCGAGGGUUUGGGCUAUCCUUUCCCCAAGCUGCGCCUUCCUAUCUCUCUUAUUUACUUUUUUGCCUUCCUCACAGAAAUGAUUCACCACCUCGUCGGGCCCUUUUAUAACUUCCAGCCUCUGCUCACACGUACAGAGGUGUAUAAAACUGGUGUGACGCAUUACUUCAGCAUGGCCAAAGCGAAGGCCGAGCUCAGUUAUGAGCCCCAGGAGUACAACCUGGAUGAGGUUGUUCAGUGGUUCAGAUGCAGAGGCCACGGCAGGAGAUGUCAGGGCUCCGCCAUUGGUCGACUGCUGCUCAACACCCUGUUUGUUUGUGCCUUUGUUGCUGUGGUGCUCUCUUUUCUUCCAGUCGUUGGAAGUUGAUAAGCAAAUAAAGCAUAAAUAUCAUUCUGAUGUUUCCCAAAACAUCCUCCAUACUGUUUCAGGACUGGGCCAUGAAUAGCCUGUUUACAUUUUAUAUCAUAUCAUCACCUAUUUGCACAUUUAAUUUGAAUGCUCAUUACUAACUGGUGCUUCAGACAUGAAAAACAGCUGUUUAUAGACCAGAACCCUGAAAGCAAACCGUUUCAGUAUUUACAAAUUUAAUUUGUGAGGACUGUAUCCUCUAAUAUGAUCCAACGUGAAAGCUUGGAUUUCAGAUUCUGCUGUUAUUUUCACUUUUAAAGGUUUUAAAUGCUACCUCUUUGUUCAACACUGCUUUUAAGAGAAAACCUGCAAAGGGAAAGCAGUGAUAAAUGCUUAAUAUGAUCCAGUGUCUUAAUACUGUUUUUAUGGAACUGAAUAAAACCUGACAAGUCAAAUAUG